AUGUUUGGCAGGAGGAGAACAAGGAACUCCGUGGCGUACACGGGUGUUGGAUACCUGGCGUCCAACCAUCACCCAGAUAAUAGCGCCAUGGCUGCUGCCCUCACUAUAGGUAAGAAGUCUCCAAAUCAACACCCACAAAAACCCCCGCCAAUAACCCACCUGGGCAGUCUCUUGAAAAGAUCGCCUUCUUUGCAAAGCAAUCUGAUUCACCUGUCCCAGCACGUGAGAAGAGGGUCUUCUUCUAGCGACAGACACAGCUUCACUCCUAGAGUGGAAUAUUCGAUAGACGAUAGCUUUACAGACUCGCAAUUGGAAGAAAUGGGCCGCGAGGCCGAUGCUCACUAUAGUAACCGGGCCCAGCUCCGAGACUUGAAGCUCUCACACCUGCCUUCACAACCAGAGGUGAAAAUGGUGAAGAAAUAUGUUCCGACGCCCAACGGGAUCAAAGUGGUGGAAGUGCCGGAAACGACCAUGAAACAAGCCAUUGCCCGUUCCAACUCCAUGAGGACAGGUCUUUCUAUCAGUCGUUCGGGACUGAUGACGGGGUCUCGUAAUAACCUGCUUUCUCGUGCAGCUGGUGGAUCUAGAUCGGGAUCCUUGACCGGGGCACCUCUGAGGAGAGUAGCAAACAAAAGAUCGACUUUGGCAGUGUCGAAAAUCGACGAGAGUGCCGAGUUGGAGCAAACAGACACUAAUGGUGAUGUUUCAGCAGCUGAUUUGCGCCGUCAAAUCGAAGAGGAAAAGCAAUUGGCGAUAAAAUUGGAGAAACAGCGUGAGGAGUAUGAGCAGCUUAAACAAUUGAGAUUACAGAACGAGAGACAGAGGGCUGAGCUACAGAGACUUCAGGAAGAAGAGGAGACCUACUCUCGUCUGCCUUCUCGCCAAGCGUCUCCUCUUCCAGAAGAAUCAGCAACUCCCUCCAUAGGUGCAAACAUCAAUGCUCCACACCCUGUCAAGCCUAUUGGAGCUCUAGCCGAAUCAACUCCUUUGGACGAAGAGCCUCCUCAGGCACAGUCCACUGACGAUGAAGAAGUUCCUAUUCAACCUGUGCCUUUUGCGGUUGAUGAGUUCGAGCAGAAGAAGGUCGGUAAGGCAACUGAGCAGAUCCCUACUCGCGAAGACGAAGACGUCACAAGCACCUACUCUCUUGACGGAGAAAGCAUGACUCAUGCUGUUACUGCCGACGAUGCAAAUGCUGACGAGGUCAUUCAAAGCUACGCAUCUAUGGAACCUCCUUCCAUCAAACCACAAGAAGAUGAGUUUGGUAUUGUGGAAGUUCCAAACGAGAGUAAUUCGCCCACUCUCGCGCAGCAAAUGAAGUCCAAGCUUCAGGAAAGCAAAGACGACGCGUUGCGCCUACCAGCUACUGACGGUGAUUCUGCUUCAAUUUCAGAGUCAGCAACUCCUAAAUUCGAUCCAAAACCUGAGAUCAUUGAUGACGAGCUCAGACCAGAUACUUUCGCACAUCCGCCAGGUGGUAUUGCCGCUUCUAUUAAGAGUGGCUCUAGUAGUGACUCUCGACCUAUCAAGUCAGCAAUGAAGAACUCCAAGUCGAGCUACUCUAUGAAUAACAACUCCAAUGCCAACGUGAGUCCUGCUCAGCAGGCUUAUAUAUCGUUGACUACGGCAGAAAACACCAGGCUUAACUCAAAAUUAUCCUCCGGGCAGCUUGCUGGAAAUGACAAUCUUAGUCCUCAGAAUCACCAUCCUGGCCCACCAAGAUCGCCUGUUAAUGCUCAAAAAUUUGCCGCUACCACGCUCAGAAAACUGGCACAGGCCCCUCAACAGCAUCAAGGUGGGUUAUCGGAACGUUCUUUGAGACCUAGGACGUUUUCUGAUGCUUCCAAUCGUCAAUCCACGGGUGGUGGCAUGAGCAAUAGAACAUUCAAGACCAAUCAGCCUCAGGGACUUCCUCCGCAUCCAUACACUGGUCCAAACUACCAGUCACCGGCGAAGGUAAAAGCUGCUGAAUUGUUUGCGAAGGCGAACAAUAGACCUGCGUCUGUUCUCCAGCCUUUGAAGAGGGAGUCUUCAUUCAGUAAAGGGUCGGAUGGUACGAAGCCUGAAAAUGGCACAUCGCACCAGCCUCCACAGAAGAAUGGAAAUCAUCGCUUCACCCUAAGACUGGAAUCAAUCCAGCAAGGAGAUAUUGGAGCUGCUGCGGCGAACACGGCCCAUACAAACGUUCAACUGCAAGCGAAUCAAAAGGCUCUGCAUGCACCUAGUAGUAGUAUACUGCAAUCAGAUCAUUCACAACAGCAUGCCGGUGGCUUCAAAGGAUUUCGGUCUCGGUUCGCGGACUCCGAUGAUGAAGAUACAUCCCGUUCUGGACUGGGUGGUGGAUUCCGCUCAAGGUUCCGUGUCCUGGAAGAUCAUUCGGCCAGUGCUCAGCAAGCUUCCGCCCAAGAGACUCCUGUUACAACCCUAAGGGAGCCUAAAGUGGACCCCGCUGCCGAAAAGAAGCAGAAGAAACCUAAAAAGAAGUUUCUCAAGAAGUUGUUCGGAAGAAACUAG